UACUCCAUGUCCAGCUACUCCUCUGCCGUUUUGUCAUCUCUAUAGUGUUCGUGUUUAUCACUUGCUUAAAGUGGUAUCCGGCAGAUCUCUCCACUGUGAAAUUACUAUCGCUCUCUUUUUAAUUAGUAUGAGCCUUAUGCAGAGAUUCUUUGAGAUUCUAUAGUUACUGUUUCUCAUCAGAAUUUCACCCACUAGUUUAGAACUGCCUGGAACAACUGUCACUAUGUCAGCUGCCAAAUGAUGAUUUGCUAAUUCCAUUUUUCCUUUUCCAUUUAUUAAUUGAAAUAUUAAUUCUCCUGGAAAAUGAGGCAAGUAAUGAGCCCUCUCUAACUGAAAAGGCUAUGAAGAGAAUCCAAUGAGACCUAUUUGUAAAAGUGAAAGGCAGAACGCUUUACAAAAGACGCCAUCUUCUUUUAUUGUUCAAGAAAGAAGUGCCCUUGUCAUACAACAGGAAAAAAAUGCUCUUUUGGCUGUUAGCCCUUCUGAUCCUUUGUGGUUUUCUGUGGAAUUACAAAAGACAGCUAAAGAUCGCAAACAUCACUGAUAAGUACAUUUUCAUCACUGGGUGUGACACUGGCUUUGGAAACUUGGCAGCCAGAACUUUUGAUAAGAAAGGGUUUCAUGUAAUUGCUGCCUGUCUGACUGAAUCAGGAUCAACAGCUUUAAAGGCAGAAACUUCAGAGAGGCUUCAUACCGUGCUUCUGGAUGUAACUGACCCAGAAAAUGUCAAGAGGGCUGCCCAGUGGGUGAAAAACCAAGUUGGGGAGAAAGGUCUCUGGGGUCUGAUCAACAACGCUGGCAUUCUUGGUGUGCUGGCACCCAACGACUGGCUGACUGUCGAGGACUACAGAGAACCUGUUGAAGUGAACCUGUUUGGACUCAUCAGUGUCACGUUAAACAUGCUUCCCUUGGUCAAAAAGGCUCGAGGGAGAAUUAUCAAUGUCUCCAGCAUUGGGGGUCGGCUUGCAUUUGGUGGAGGGGGCUAUUCUCCAUCUAAAUAUGCAGUAGAAGGCUUCAAUGACAGCUUAAGGCGGGACAUGAAAGCUUUUGGUGUGCACGUCGCUUGCAUUGAACCAGGAUUGUUCAAAACCAAUUUGUCAGAUCCAGAAAAGGCUGCUGAAAAAAAACUUGCCAUUUGGAAGCAUCUGUCUCCAGACAUCAAACAACAAUAUGGAGAAAGCUACAUCAAGAAAAGCCUAGAACAAUUGAAAGGCACUGCAUCCUUUGUGAACAUGGACCUGUCCCUGGUGGUGGAGUGCAUGGACCAUGCUCUCACAAGUCUCUUCCCUAAAACCCGUUAUGCUGCUGGAAAAGAUGCCAAAACUUUCUGGAUCCCUCUGUCUCACAUGCCAGCAGUUUUGCAAGACUUUUUAUUGUUGAAACAGAAAGUAGAGCUGGCUAAUCCCAAGGCAGUAUGACUCAGCUGAUGACAAAUACCUGCCCAAGGCUGUGAAAUUGGCUGAUUUCUAGGACACAUCUCCUCAAUCUCAUUCUUUACCUAAUCCAAACUGGACUCAUUUAGAUCAAACUUCUUUUGGUAAAAAGACGGGCUACCACCAUCACCUUUGAGGUCGCAGGGUCCCUCCUCAAAUUUUUCUUGAGAAGGUGGGCAGGGGUGGCACCUGCCCGAUAUUUAGUCUUUGCCUGCUGGUUAUAAUGUAUGGAAAGUGGACAGGCUUUUCCAUCCAAAAUGAUUUUUCACCCGUGCCUGACCCAUGCUUUUAAUCCACACCACUUAGAGUGACUCCUGAAUGUUAAAUAUUUGUCCCUGAUCAAAAUAUUAAGAGAUAAGGAGAAUAAUUUCCUAAAAGGGGGAUUGGAUGUGCUAUCUUGCUGAGAAUAAGAUUCUAAAGAACUGGAA